UUUAUUGCAGGUUAGAUUGGCGGUUGAAUUCUCCACUUAACUCCAGCCCCGACUUGUGAGCAUGUGAUCUGUUAAGUCUUGUAAUGCAACAGUGUCGACACGUCCGCAAACAUAUUUGUGGAGGUGAGAUGGGACGUUGAUGAUCGCCGUUGACGUCGAUCACUCCCGAGUGGCUGACAGGGUAGCCCUGUUCCCGCCCCUCAUACGUCACGUCCGACCUCGAUAUCUUGCUUUGGCUUGUGGAACCUCGAGAACGUCGUCCGUUGAGAAUUUCAAUUGAAUCCACGUUGCAUAGUGAGUGGAACGUAUCCUACUGCAUUCUGAUUAAAAUCUGCCAAUCCAUCCCCAGCAUUCCAAAGAAAGCAAGGUACAGCCUUGAUCUACCUGCAAUUCACAGCGAGCCUUGAGACACUUCAGCAGCUAUCUAGCCACACCACUCGCUGGAACUCAAGCUAUGUCGUCGAAAACACAACCGGCCGGUCCUGCAACGGCGGCAGCGAAACAGACGCGUUCUCGCAAAGCAGCCAACCCGGAUGCUGCAGCUACAGGCCGAGCUGGCUCAGCGGGCGGCGUAAUGCUCGAGAGGGAGGCUGUUAAGAAGACAUCCACGUCGACUCCAUCCACAGUCCAGAAAGCCACUCCAAGCCAGCCCAAAGCUACCCCAAGCCAGCCCAAAGCCGCCGCAAGCCAACCCAAGCCCACUCCAUCCACAGCCCCCAAACCCACCACAGCUCAACCGAAAGACGCCCCUCCGAAGCGUAAGCCGCGAAAGCUCAACAAGGAACCUACAUCCACGCCCACGCCCUCGGCCGCUGCAAAAGACCCCCCCUUCCCCUCGGCCGCCGAACUCGAAGCCCUCAAAGCCCGCGUCCGCGGCCUCGAAGCCCGCGUCGAGGACCUGUACAAAGCGGCCCCGGCCCCCUCGGCAGCGACGCCGGCGGCGACACCGCGCUCACCCCGUCGCCGCGGCAAGAGCCGGAAGACGUCCAGCGCGACGACGACGGCGACGCUGGGCACGCUGAGAGAUGAGAGGGAGAGGGAGCAGAGCGGGGCGGUGGACGAGGACGCCGACGCCGACGCCGAUGCGUAUGCAGACGCAGACGCAGACGCCGAGCUAGGCCGUCUCGAAGACGAACUCGCAGUAGCGCGGCGCGCGCUGGCUCUCUCGCAGCCACCGCUCCGCCACGCCAACGCCGACGCCGACGUCGAGGACAUACCGCGCGACCGCGGCCCCGCCGUGGGCGCGCCCGACCGCCUCGUCACGCUCAGCGGCAGCUACCGCAUCCCGCUCCCCGCGUCGCUGAACCCGGCCGACGUGGCCACGAUCCAGAGCGGGGUUGCCGCGGCGCGCGACGUGGCGCGGUCGUUUAUGGAGCAGCGGCGGGCGAGCGCGGAUAGGGCUUCUACUUCUGCUUCUGGUGGUGGAGGGGCGAAGACGGGGCGGGCGAGUGCGAGGAGCCAGGAGGGCGGGGUGGAGGCGGGUGAGGGACAGGCGGGGAGGCAGGGCUGGGGCGAGUGGAUUGGCGGGUAUAGCAUGGCGAUUAGCCGUGCGGUGAAGAGUAUUGAGCACGAGGCGGCUAUGGAGGCGCAGAGGCCGGGGCAGGCGAGGACGGGGACGGGGGGAGCGGCGCGGAAGAAGAGGCCCGCGGCGAAGACGGUGAUUAGCGGGGAGCAGAUCCAGGGGCUGAUGAGCUGAGUACGGUGCAGACGUGUACGAUAAGUGGGUUAGUAGCACAUA